AUGUCGGCAAACGAGGAAACGGCUCCGAAUCCCCCGAUGAGUGGUGUGCGGGAAAGGCUUCGGGAAAACCUUAGGGAAAUUUGCCGUUCGCUUAACAUCGAUUCCAACACGGAGCAGUCAUCGUGGGAUGCGAUCGAGACUACUCUCGAACAGUUCGAACUUACGGGCAAUCCAAGGCACUGGAUAUGCUGCGCUCUUUACGGUGAAUGUCUUAAGGAGCUUCCUGCUGUUGGUCAUCCGGGUCACUUCGUACAGGGCAAUGGUGUUAACAUUACAAAGUUGCUGACGCAGUGCAAUAUUAGCAUCCAGGAUUUCUUCACCAUGAUGAAGUAUUGGGCUGAAAUUCGUUCGCUGCCCGGUCACCUACAGAAGAGACUGGAUAAUUUGCUUCACGGUUUUUCCGUCUCGAUCACCGUGUAUACCGUGUUCUGCGAGAUGUUUCCGCGCAUCUUCAACGAAGCGAACAUCGUACCGGAUGAACCGAAGCGUAGCAAGAAAUCGAAACCAAACCCGUGCUCGUACAAUAAGCUGCGCGAGUUCUGCUGGGUGCUGUUUCUCAACGUGAAGGAAGAGCACAGCGAGCAACGGAACGAUCUCGCCACCGCCAAGGAUCUGUGCGUGUGCGUAUUCGAUCUCAUCUAUAUCAAUCUGGUUGCCGAAGGGCGGAUGGAUCUGAUCAAUCCGAAAGUGCUGAGCGAGGGAGGCAGCAGCUCGGUGGAUGGUACGACUGCUGCGGCCGAAGCAGCUAUGAGGGUAAACUUAAGGGAGCAGCUGUGCAAAGAGUACGCGACCUCGAGCGAGAGCGUGGACUAUACGAACCUUAACAUAUUCCUGACCUCACUGGCGGGAAUGUUGGAGGCGAAUGAACUGAAAGGUACAACGGUCACGGACCUGUACGGAAUUAAAUUGGCCAGUGAAACCUACACGGGUCUCGUUUCGGUGCUCAAUUUCGAGGAAAAUAAUAAAUCGCUUAACCGUCGCUACGAAAGUGCCAUCCUGAAGUGUGGCAUGUUGGACGAGCGAAUUGUACUCAGCAGCCGUACGUCACCAACGAGCCAACGGAAUCGCUGGAGUGAUAGCAUUGCAAGCCAUCCGCGAACCCCGCUUAGCAUCAAGUCGGGCCGGGCUGGUGCGAUGAGCGUCAAUCGGAUCGGUUUCGAUGGUGGUCGAACCGUCGCAACCGGUGGUAGCGGAUCGGAGCUGUCAACAAACAGCUCGUUCCACGUGCGCGGUACGCUCACACAGUUGAUGAAGAAAAUCCAAGGCCACCAUAGGGGCCAACCGCGGGGUAAUUUUCUAGUGCUAAUGAAAAACUGUACCCCUAGUCCGCUUGAUAUCGUGCUGGAGCACGUUGCACGGAUGAGGAAUCGGUUUGUGGAGAAGCUAACUAAAAGUGAAGGAUGGCAUUCACGGUUAGCCGAAAACCGAUUCGAUGCGAUCGAGGGACUGUAUUAUCGGCUGCUGGAAAAUAUUAUUCCGUGGGAGUUGAAGAAACGACCAACGAUGACGGUACCGAAGGUGAUCUUUGACCUAUCUACGAACAGUAUGUUCAACGAGACCGUGAUCGUAUGUGCGGCAGAAGUCAUUUUCUUCCUCCGCCAGGAGCAGCACAAUUACCCCUGGAUACUGGAUGUGUUCGGCAUGGAACCGUUUCAGUUCUUCAGCAUCAUCGAAGUGACGGUAUCAGCGAACAGUGAUAUAUUCACGUCCGACAUCGUGAACCAUCUCCGCAGGAUUGAGGAGCAGACCGUUGAUUCGCUAAGUUGGAAGAGUUCCUCGAUGCUAUGGGAUUGUAUGGAGAAGGAAAACUAUAAAAUACCAUCCAAUAAGGAUGUUGAGAUGCGGGCGGAAAUAGCAGGAGUAACGCCGCUGAAGAGUGAUUCCAUACCCAACACACCGAACGGUACUCGUGCCGGCAGCUCAUCCGGAAUUGCAGGUUCCACUGCCGCCGGUCCUUCAUCUGCGAUGGUAACUUCAGCAACCGGGCGUCCGACACCUCAUCCCGAUUCGGCCAAAAAAAAGCUGUUUGUUGAUCCUGCCGCGACGCCAUCAAAAAUAUCACCGGCAUCAGUGACAACAACGUCCAAUACAUCCAGCAACAGCGUUACUGGCACUGUUGCAGGUGGUACUGGUUCAGGCACCGGACCAUCUGUCGCGUCGUCCGAAGUGGCCAAUGUGCCAGGCUAUGUUAUCAACGGAAGCAAUGAUUCCAAGUCUAUCUCAUCCCUAAGUUCUCCUCAGCGUAGCAUCAACGAUCAUAAUCCACCUUCGAUUGAAACGCGCCGGUUGAACUUUUUCUUCCGCAAGAUGUACCAGGUCGCGUACUAUCGGCUGUGCAAUCUCUGCCAGAAUCUCGGCAUCGAGUCGGAACCGACCCAGAAGCUGAUCUGGACAAUAUUUGAGUUUACGAUUACGAAAUGGUCGAAGGAUUUGACGCGUGAUCGCCACUUGGAUCAGCUGCUCAUGUGUGCGAUCUUCGUGACGGUACGCCUCAAGAAGUUAUCGAACACGUUCAAACAGAUCAUGCACUGCUACUUGAGUCAGCCACAGGCAAACAGCUCCAUCUAUCGGAGCGUGUUCAUUCGUUACGAAAACACAACAGCAGGCGAGGUACACACCAACAAAGGGGACGACACAAAUGGCAGGAAAGAUGAGCCGGCAGGUGAAAACGAACGGUUGCCAGUGACGGAAAUGGGAGGCACAUCGGUGCAGUACGGUCGGGAAGUAUACGGUGAUAUAAUCAAGUUCUACAACGAUAUCUAUGUUAGGAAGGUGUAUGAUUUUGCCAUUAAGUAUAUCAACAUUGACGUGUCGCAGGAAUCAUUAUUCCUCUCGCCUACGCCCAAAUCGCAAACACGCAACAUACAGAAAUCACCACGCCAGAUCAGCUCCGGCAUAAAUCUGUACGUAUCGACCACAAACAAGAUUAGCUCGUUGCAGGACUCACCGAACGUUCGCGUACUCACUUUCUCUUCGAGCCCUGGACAAAGCCCAACGAUACACGACCGUAAGAUACCAGUAUCGGCUCGUGACAAAUCAGGAGAUACGGUUGUUCGCAAUAGAGCCGAAUCAACCGCAUUCGAAUCAGGUUUACCAUCGAAAAUGAGGCGGCUAGAUAAAAUCCAUCAGGAUCGGCAGCACCAGGAUCACGAGUCCUCGGAACACGAAUAG